GCGGCGCCCACAGCACGCGGGACUCAGCUGCCGGAGGGACAAACUAACUUCCUGAGCGCGGGACUGGAGGCCGGCGCGGCCCGGAGCCACCUGCCAGCCUGCGGUGAGGCAUCCCUGGCCCUCGGGGCGCGCGGCAUGGCGCGGGGGAGUGGGCCGCGCUGAGCGAGCCCUUAGACCGGCCCUCGGCCGCUGCUGCAGCCUGCCGGCCUCUCAAAGGCCCGGCGCGGGGCUCCACUGCCUUGUUUUGCGGUCACAGCGCAGGGCUCUUCUGGGAGCCACAACAAUGCCAUGAUGUUUUGGAGACAGGAAGCCCCAAGCUGGCCCCGAAUGAAGGACUUCCUGUGUUUAAAGUUGCAGGAAUAUCCGUCGACCAGCCCAGUUCAAAUGCAAACACCCGAACUAGGGAGGACGAAUGGCUAAUUCAGACCAGCUGGACUCUCCAGAACUGGAACUGAGGAUAAAAUGAAAGGAAUUCUUAGGAGCUUGGGCUAUACUUGAAGACUGAGGAGGCUGUGCCAUUGUUAUUAAAGGACACAAUUGGUAUAACGCUUCUUCCAACUCUGGGUGAGAAGUGAUUGGAACUAGAUUCUGAAUAAGACUUGUCAAUAUCAAAUGGGGUUUUUUGUUAUUUUUUAAUGACUGAAUUAGAGCAGUGCUCUUAAAAGACACAUACUCAAAAGAAGCCAUACAAGGAAUUAUUUUAUGGUUGUUGACUAAAUUAUACCACUUAACUGUCUGCAGCUAUGAGACUGUUAGCCUGUGAGGAAAAAGCUGUUUCUCUUAGAGCUUCUCCCAGUAUGGUUUCAGAGUUGGACUUACAGACUUUUCUGGAGGGCAGAUCCAAUUGGUGGUCCCCAGCUGUGAACAUGUAAAAGGAUUUUUAACUUAUGCAGAAUGCAUUUUUGGGUAACCGGUGAAAAACUUUUAAAAGGUUGAUGUUUCAUCUUGAUUGAAAAAGUAUGGGUAAGCCACUCAGCAGGCCCGACUGUUUAAGGCAGAACCCCACCUGCCUGGGGAAAGGAGAGGAAGAGGAUGGCUAUAUAGAGGAUUGUUAUGUUCCACAACGAUCUAUAUAUGAUACAAUGAGGAUAAAUGAACAAAUUGACCAGGGGUCAAAGCUCAACCAGACAUCAAAAAGCACCAUGGAAAAGAUGGAAGGAAGUACUAUAUCCAGCAACGGUACAUUAGGAGCAGCAUCUAAUGUUUUUGAAUCUAGAGCCCCAGAAGGCAAAAAGCUAGAUGAGAGAAUAAUAUUUGAUGCACUAAAGUUAAGCAGUGAUGUACAGAAGUCAGCACCUGUGCCACCCAGAAGGCGACCAAAUGCAGAACGCAAAGACAAUGUUAACAGGAGAUCGUGGAAGUCCUUCAUGCCACCCAAUUUCCCAGAAUUUGCAGAAAGGAUAGAAGCUUCUCUCAGUGAGGUUUCAGAAGCUGGUGCUUCAAAUCCUUCCUUGCAAGAGAAGAAGGAAUCCAGUUCUGCAUUAACAGAAAGUUCUGGUCAUUUGGACCACAGGGAACCUCAGUCAGGGUCAGUAACUCUGGAGCAUGUGUCCAAAUCCAUAGAUAUUCCAGAAGCGCAGGAUGUGAAAAAUUUAAGCGGCGAGUGCCAGGACUUCAGAUCGCAGCCACACAGUGAGCGCUCUCCCUGUGAAUUCCAGCCUCUAGAAUCCGAAGCUGCAGCAGCAAGUGGUAACACAGAUGUAAUGCAGGAACACAGAUUCUCAAGUGCAACCUGGCCCAGAGCCAUGAAAAGUUUAGCUAAGGGAGGCUUCAGCGAGAAGCAGCACCCCCUUGGGGAUGCAGCCUGCACUGUGGAAAUGCCACCCCUCUCCCCUUGCCUGAGUGAAGAGCUGCUGGAUCCAGAAUUGCAUAUUCUCAUAACUCCCAGCCUGAGAGAGAAAACAGAGUCUGAGCUAAAGUUUGAGGAGGAUGAGCGAUGGAUCAUGAUGGAGGCUGAAGAGGAGUGGGAGGAAGAGAAACUGUCAGAAAGAGGAAAGAUUUUUCUAACGGCAGAUGAGAAAAAGAACAGCCUGGCUGAUAUUUUUGAAGAAAGGGAACAAGCAAACACUGUAGCAGUGGCAGAGGAUGGGGCAGAUUGCUCAGCUGCUGUCUUGAGAACUUUUGACCACCUAGCUCUUGGUCAGAUUUGUUGGUCUGAUGACCCACAGUCAGCUAAGAACCAUUCAGCUUCUGUUCUCGAGGAUCCACCUCUGGGUUACAGUUGUGUUCUCACAGGCGCGAGUGCUGUAGGGGAGCUGACAAGCAGAACUGUUCAGGAGGGUCUGGUUUCCGACCUAGAAUGUACUAUUGGUCCUGUUGAUUCAGAGCAGCUCUCUGACACAGAUUCGGUGCAGAUGUUUCUCGAACUUGAAAAGGAGUGUUUAUGUGAAGAAGGAGUAACUCCUCUAGCUGAGCUGGAGAGUCAAGCCUCUUCUGAAGGGCUGGCCCCAUCCCAGGAUGCAGAAAAUGUGCUUGUAAUUAGUCAUUUUCCAGGGGCUGCCUUAGGAGAAGAACACUUAGGCCUUUUAAAUGUAAGGGUAAAAGACUCUGAUACUGGACUGGAUUGUGAAUAUUUUAGUGCCCUGGAUUCUUCUCAGGUGCCUAAUGCUGUGGAACUUAUUGUCUACUCUGACACCAGGAGGGGAGACACUUCCACGGUUAGUGAGGAGGAGCGUGAAAAAGUGCCUUCUAGCCCCGAGACUGCAGGGGAAUUUAAGUUCAGACACCCAGCUGAUCUGGAGUCACUGGGAAAGCUGGACCCAGGAGGACAGCCCAACUCUGAUCACAGGGCUUCCCAGGAAGAUGACUUACCAGGCUUUGUAGCUGAGCUGGCCAAAGAAAAUGACAGUUUGUCCCAGGUAGACUGCAGUCACUCUGAGGGGAAUGUUGAAGAGUGUGUCAGGAGGGUCCCCCUCAGUUUUGCUUUUAGCUAUGAACUAACAGAUAUUACCUCAGGACCUGAAGUAGAGGUGUUCUCAUGUGAUUCACAUUUACUAACAGAUGAGGUUCACUUGGAAAGUGAGAAAGGAGCUAUUAAUCAAGAAACUAACAGUCUGACUUCCUUGGGAAAUGUGGAUGCUUGUGAAUUGUCCAAGGAGAAAGUUUGUGAUGAGGAUGGGGAGGGCCAAGAGCUGGGUUACCCUGCCAAGCUUUUGGAGGACCAAGCCCCAGUGCAUUUUCACAGAGCCUUCCCAGAGCAGAUCUUCCAGGAUCUCCAGAGGAAGUUCGCAGAGUCAGAUACUCUGAAUUUGCCCCUGCUGCUUGGUGGACAGAGACAUAGCAGAGAUGGAGUGGAAGUUAUAAACGAUACAGAGCCCACGCUGGAUGUGAUGUCAUCGGAGGGCGAGGAGACAGAAAUGAGAGAUACAGAAUCAUUACUGAGUAUUCUUCUGGAGGAACAAGUUACCAAGGCUAGUAGUACGGAACCAGCUUUGGAGGGAUGGAUAACCCUCCCACAGAAGCUUGCUACAACUGCUGCAGUGCCCACUACAGAAGAUGCCCUAGAUGCUGCAGUGCUCAUCCCAGAGGAGGACGUCCCGGUUGCUGCAGCACCUGUCCCAGAGAGAGCUGCUGUAGCUGCUGCAGUGCCUUUCCCAGAGGCAGACGUACCAGUUGCUUCGGUGGCUGCCAUUGAGGCACAUGUCCCAUUUGCUUCAGUGGUCACUGGAGAGAAGGCUAUCCUGGCUGCUGCCCCAGCUGUUGCAGUGCCUGCUUCUGAAGGGACUGUUGCAGUUGCUGCAGUGGCCAUCAUGGAUGAGGAUGCAGCAGCUGUUGCAGAGCCCUCCCCAGGGGGGACUGCUUCAGCUGCUGCAGUGCCCACCCUGGAGGAGCCUAUGCCCCCAGCUGUUAGAGCACCCACCCCGGAGGAGCCUAUCCCCCCAGCUGUUAGAGUGCCCACCCCAGAGGAGCCUGCAGCCCCAGGUGUUAGAGAGCCCACCCCAGAGGAGCCUAUCCCCCCAGCUGUUAGAGUGCCCACCCCAGAGGAGCCUGCAGCCCCAGCUGUUAGAGCACACACCCCGGAGGAGCCUAUGCCCCCAGCUGUUAGAGCACCCACCCCAGAAGAGCCUAUCCCCCCAGCUCUUAGAGCACCCACCCCAGAGGAGCCUAUCCCCCCAGCUGUUAGAGAGCCCACCCCAGAGGAGCCUACAGCCCCAGCUGUUAGAGCACACACCCCGGAGAAGCCUAUCGCCCCAGCUGAUAGAGUGCCUGCUAUGGAGGAAGUGUUCCCUGCUGAUGUACCCUUCCUGGGAGUUAUUGCCCACACUGAUUCAGUGCCUAUCUCAGAAGAAGGAACUCCUGUUCUAGAGGAGGCUUCCCCCGCUAAUAUGUGGAUCAAGGAGGACCUUGAUUCCCCAGGAUUUGGAAUAAAAGAGGUGACUGGCACAGUGCUGCAUGGGAAAGUGCCUCUGGCUACAACUGAUGGAUUAAAUUCAAAUGAGGUAAUUGUUGCUCAUUUCGUUGGGAAAGGAUCUGGGGAGUAA